AUGGCUGCAGAUGCGAUCAAGGAUGGAGCGCGACAGUUUGCUGCGGGAGGCUCAGCAGGUUUGGUCGAAGUAUGCCUGAUGCAUCCAUUAGAUUUGAUCAAAACGCGACUACAAGUCGCGCAACAUGACAGAGGGAUGAUGGAUUGCGUGCGGAAAACCUUCAAAAAUGAGGGCUUUCUGGGCUUCUACAAGGGGAUCCUGCCACCAAUCCUUGCUGAGACACCGAAGCGAGCAACGAAGUUCUUCACCUUCGAGCAAUACAAGAAGAUGUUCAGUCAUCCGCAUGUUUCUCCAGCAAUCUCAUUGUCAAUGGCGGGAUUGUUCUGUGGUUUUACAGAGGCGGUCGUCAUCUGUCCGUUUGAAGUUGUCAAAGUAAGACUGCAAGCUGAACGAGGAGUGUCGUUGAUGGAGCAAAAGUCCACUGCAGCAAUGGCCCGGGAUAUCAUAAAGACAGACGGCAUGGGAUUCAAUGGGCUUUACAGAGGUUUCACUGCUACACUUGGUCGCCACGGCGUGUGGAAUAUGUUCUACUUUGGCUUAUACCACAAUCUGAAAAUUAUCAUUCCGGACGCUAAGAAGACGGGAAGAAAUUGCUCAUUGAAGUCUAAACAGUCAAUUUCACUCCAAGCUAAAGUUGGUCGACAAACACUAUUUCAUUUUAGUCUCGGAGCGCUUUACAAGGGCCCUUCUGCCGAAAGUGAUGCGUCUUGGACCAGGCGGGCUAUUACGUUGAUCGUCUACGAAUACGUGUACGACUGGCUGAAUGAUCCAUACGCUAAUUCUGUAAACGAAGAUGGCUGUGUGAAAUUUUUAAUCGGUCGAAAUGGCAGCUAG